UGUCACAGUGAAGGGGUGAUCAGGAGUCGGGGUUUGUGGUUGGGAUAAUCAAUACGGAGUUUUUUUAGUUCAGUUUGAAAGUGUAGCACAUACUUUUAGUUUGGAGACCGUGCAAACUUGAAUCUGUCAAGAAACGAUGGAUUCGCUGUUGUAUUUAGCUGGUUUGGUCGUCAUGUUCCUGCUGUGGAUCAAAGUUAAAGGUCUAGAUUACGUUAUCGUCCACCAGAGAUGGAUAUUUGUGUGUCUGUUCCUGCUGCCGCUCUCUGUUAUAUUUGAUAUGUAUUAUUAUGUGCGCGCAUGGCUCAUUUUCAAGAUGUGCUCUGCGCCCAAACUGCACGACCAGCGCGUGCGUGACAUCCAGCGACAGGUUCGUGAGUGGAGGAAAGAGGGGAGUAAAGCUUACAUGUGUACGGGUCGUCCCGGUUGGCUCACUGUGUCCCUCAGAGUGGGGAAAUACAAGAAAACACACAAGAACAUCAUGAUCAAUAUGAUGGAUAUUCUGGAGGUGGACACAAAGAGGCAGGUAGUAAGAGUUGAGCCACUGGCCAACAUGGGUCAGGUGACUGCUCUCCUCAACUCUAUUGGCUGGACUCUGCCGGUGCUGCCCGAGCUCGAUGACCUCACUGUGGGUGGUUUGGUGAUGGGCACAGGCAUUGAGUCUUCCUCUCAUAUUUACGGGCUGUUUCAGCACAUCUGUGUCGCAUACGAACUGGUUCUGGCUGAUGGCAGUUUAGUACGCUGCACUGAGGAGGAGAACUCGGACCUGUUCCACGCCGUCCCAUGGUCCUGUGGAACUCUGGGGUUCCUGGUUGCAGCUGAAAUUAAGAUAGUCCCCUCUAAGUCCUGGGUGAAGCUGCACUAUGAGCCUGUCAGAGGGCUGGAGAAUAUCUGUAAACGUUUCACUGAAGCAUCAGAGAACAAGGAGAACACAUUUGUUGAGGGCAUCCAGUACACUUUGGACACAGCUGUCAUCAUGACUGGAACCAUGACUGACCACGCUGAGCCUGAUAAGAUUAAUAGAAUUGGCCUGCACUUUAAACCCUGGUUCUUUAAACACGUGGAGGGCUACCUGAAAGACGACUGUACCGGAGUCGAGUACAUCCCUCUGAGACACUACUAUCACAGACACACACGCAGCAUCUUCUGGGAGCUUCAGGACAUUAUUCCCUUUGGCAACAACCCGGUGUUUCGCUGGCUUUUUGGAUGGAUGGUACCUCCUAAGAUCUCACUGCUGAAGCUCACCCAGGGAGAGACCAUCAGACGUCUUUAUGAACAGCACCACGUGGUCCAGGACAUGCUGGUACCCAUGAAGCACCUGCAGGCUGCCAUCACGCGCUUCCACCAGGACAUCAGCGUUUACCCUCUGUGGCUGUGUCCAUUCCUGUUGACACCAGGCAGAGGGAUGGUCCACCCCAAAGGUCAAGAGGAGGAGUUGUAUGUGGAUAUUGGGGCUUAUGGAGAGCCCAAAGUUAAACACUUUGAAGCUAAAUCAUCCACACGUCAGCUGGAAAAGUUUGUCAGAGAUGUACAUGGGUUCCAGAUGCUGUAUGCAGAUGUGUACAUGGACAGAGAGGAGUUUUGGGAGAUGUUUGAUGGACAGCUAUAUCACAGACUGAGGGAGGAACUAGGCUGUAAGGAGGCCUUCCCAGAGGUUUACGACAAAAUCUGUAAAUCUGCCCGGCACUGACUCACCCGUCACCUGGCUACUGCCCUGUGCCACACAUACAAAGAGGCACGUUGGCGUCAGCUGUUAGUGUGGAAACGUUUCAACUAAAAACAAAAAAAACAUUGCUCAAAGAGGCAUCUCAGAAUUUUCUAAAGUGGAAAUAAGCUUUGCACACAUGAAUACAAACUUAAACAGGAGGUAUUUUUGGAAACCACAGUGUCUUAAGAGGCCCUUCUCUCAAUGUGAAGCAGGAGCGCAUGUGAUUUAAUGAUUUUAAGUCAUGAAUGUAUUCUCUUUCCCUGCUUUCUGUACACAGUUAUGUUAUUUCAGUGCUCUCGUUCUGACUUCAUGUCCUACUUGGCUCAAAAACCACGCAUUACACAUACGGUUUAUGUUCUUGUACUUGUUGAACAUACUGUACCACAUGUUUUAUUUUUUUUUUGCUUUUGAAAAAAAAAAGUAUAUUGUGGGCAACUUUCUCCUGUUUAAAUACCUUCUCUGUGGGUCAUCACAGACCUUUUGCCUUUAAUAGACCAGUCUUUCUACAGUGCCAUACACUUCCGCUGUUUCAAAAUAUACGUUUUUGUGAUGAUAUUUCAAGUCUUAAAAAUACACACAUAUACACCUAUUGUGACUUACAGGCUACUAUUUUUAUAUCAAAAUGAGAACAUAUAACCAGGAUUGUCUAAAGACUGAACAAAAUAAUUAAAAGCUUUUUUCUGCAAUAAAUAGAAUUCUCAUGCUUUUAAAAAUAAAAGAAGAAAUACCCUGCCAUGCUACAGUAGUAAAUGACCACAGCCAUCAUACAGAUGCGUAGUCAAAGCUGUAUUUGCUCUGAACAGAUUAAUUUAACUUUAUUAUUAUAACAGCCCAGUCCAGACCUGAUCUUUUGCUUCUUUUGUUUGUCCGUGUGUACUUGUUUUUUUUAAAUGCAUCAGUAUAUAGUCAAAGCAAACUGAUGCGCUUUUAACACUUA